AGCAGGGCAGGCGGCCGGGGAGCCGGAGCGCAGGAAGAGCCGGGCGCCUCGGCAUGAUGGCGCUGCAGCUCGUGGUCAUGGGAGUGAGCGGCUCCGGGAAGUCAACUGUGGGCUCCCAGCUGGGAGAUAAGCUCGGAUGGAAAUUCUAUGAUGGCGACGACUAUCAUCCAGAAGAGAACAGAAGGAAAAUGGCAGCAGGAAUACCUCUGAACGACCAGGACAGAAUCCCAUGGCUUUGCCACCUGCAUGAUAUAUUAAUGAGGGAACAUGCAUCAGGACAGAAUGCAAUUUUAGCCUGCUCAGCCCUGAAAAAAAUGUAUAGAUGCAUUUUGGAGAACAGAGGGACUGGUGGUGACGGUGGUCACCUAGAGGAACAUGAGGUGCCUCCACCACUAAAUAUCGUUUUUGUCCACUUAGCUGGCCCUAUGAGCCUAAUUGCUAAACGGCUGGAGAAAAGAAAGGGACAUUUUAUGCCACCUGCUCUACUCCAGUCUCAGUUUGAUACUCUCGAGCCUCCAUCACCCCCAGAAAAGUCUAUUACUGUCAGUUUAGAAAAGUCUGUUUCAGAAAUUGUAUCUGAAAUCGAAGAGUAUAUUAAAAACUUAAAUUAAU